AUGCCAUGGGCAAAGUCCUCGAGUGCGGCGGCUUCUGCUGCAAGCCAAAGUCCCGAUCAGCCAUGGCAGGACAACUUUGAUGUCUUGACCCUCGACCCGGGGUCUAAAGUUACGCCUAUAUCGGUCGCAGCCCAUUUCCUCUACGAACACACUCGUCCAGACGUACUACUGGGCCCCGGCGGUGCCACGCUGCUGGACGAGACUCAGUACGAGCAGAUCGAUGAGCGGACAGAUGCCGCAAGGGAGAAGUUUCCCGACUUUCCCUGGGAUCUAAAGAUUCACACCUAUAGGGUCAACGGUGUGAUGGGUCAUCUAGAGCCGGACGACCGCCUACCCAAGGAAGUGGGCAUCGCAGGACAGGUCCGGGCGGAGACGCAAGAUCAGGCCAACCAGGUCGCCAGCAUGGUCAAGUUCUACUUUACCCAUGCUGCGUAUCCCGGCCAGGUCGCCACGGGGGGCACCUUUGCCUGGCCGUUCACCCCGUCUGAGGUACCCAUGGGCCCGUCCCCCGAAUUCUGCGUUUAUCACCUUAUGCACAAGACAGAUCCGCUCGAAUCAUUCCCUGUCCGCGUAUACACCGUUGAGGGAUAUAAUUCGUUUGUCAGGAAGGAAGUGUCUGGUUCAGCAGCAAUUCCAUUCAAGUCUUUGCCGUCACGAGGAACAACGGCGGGCGCCAGUAAGCUCAAAGCCCUGGUGGGGGAUCCGGCGAAAAGGUACUAUCUCACCCCGGAACCGGUGCUGGGGACGUGUUACCUCGGCGACGUGGCGACGGUGGUCCGCAGCAAAAACGCCGGGCCAUACCAACUGACCUUUGACGUUAUGUUCCCAAGUCAGCGGGUCUAUGAGAAGGUGAAAAGCAUGGGACUGCUGUCGGCCGAGACGAUGGCCAGGUUGUACCGGAUCCCGCUUGAGCGAGUGGUGACGUCCAUGUACUUUGACCAGGCGAUGGCAUACAAGGCGACUAUCACUCGGACUGCAGCGUCAGGGGGUUCAGAGAGACAGACACGCAUGCCUCCCAGCAACAUGUGCAGUUGUUGUACCUGA